AUGGGUGGAAAAAAUACACACUGGGGUGCUGUGCCGUGGGCUGUUGCAAUUUAUUUGGAUGGAUGUAUUGUUGACUCGGUGAUGGAUGAGAGUCGUAUUCUGCGGGAUGUUAGUGUUGUGUAUGGAAGUAACUGUCUGCAGAACUCUAUGAAUCAAUUCUGCAUCGAUUCACCUCUCGCCAAACAUGUGAAUAUCAUCAGCAGAAUCGAUGAAGAUAGCAGCAGUGAUUUAAGGAUACGUAUGGGAGGGUUUUUCGAAUGGCGAUGUAAAAACCGUGACAUUGCACUGCUUGAAUUGGCUCUUCCAAUAGACAACGAUUCGAAUUACGCAUGCUUACCGAGUCGAUCCAUCUCCGAAUUCACUUCCAUGUUGGCGACGUUCGGAUGGGGUGCAGAUCGUUGGUUUUGUGAUGAUCAAAUAUGUUAUCACAAUAUGCCAUAUCGAACCUACUUCAAUUCGUUUUCGUAG